UAAAAGACGUAGCAACAAGUCAAAGAAAAAACGUCAACUGCUGUGCGAGCAGUUUGUUUGCUCUGUCCUCUCAGAACUAAGAAGAAGAAGAAAAAGAAACGAGAUGGCGUUAACAGUACCGGCUCUUCCGUUCACGUUUGUGGUACACGCGCUGGCCGUUGCCGGCGCAGUUUUGGUACUGGUUUGGGUACUGCACUUCAGAGGUGGAAUAGCAUGGGAAGCUUCAAAUAAAAGUCUCAUCUUCAACCUUCAUCCGGUCCUGAUGCUCAUCGGCCUAAUCAUAAUAGGGGGUGAAGCGAUCAUAAGUUACAAAGCUUAUACUUUGAAAAAAGAAGUGAAGAAGCUGAUGCAUCUGGUUCUCCAUGCAAUUGCACUGAUACUGGGCAUCAUUGGCGUCUAUGCUGCAUUCAAAUAUCACAACGAAAGCUCCAUUGCCAAUCUUUACAGCUUACAUUCCUGGCUUGGGAUCACUGUCAUUGUUCUCUAUGGCAUUCAGUGGAUAUAUGGAUUUGUGAUAUUCUUCUUUCCGGGAGGAACAACUCCAUUGAGGAGCGAAUCGCUGCCGUGGCACGUGGCGUUUGGGCUGUUCGUUUAUGUCCUGGCAGUGGGCACUGCUGCCAUAGGCUACCUGGAGAAGCUCACCUUCCUGGAGAAUUCAGGCCUGGCUAAAUAUGGAGCAGAGGCAUUGCUUGUCAACUUCACUGCUGUGCUUACAGUCAUAUAUGGAGCCUUCGUUCUUCUCUCUGUAAGCUCCCAGGGUCCACCUGAAGAUGAAAAUGGCUAUUCAGCUAUAUAAUAAUAAAUGGUGAAUGUCCUUUUUUAUUAACAUUGGGUGGAACUUGGAAGCAUGCAACUAAACUGUGAAUUAUAUAUAAAUAGUCACUUAUCAACCAGGUGAUCUAUGUAAUAUUUUAUUUUUUCGAAACAGUGGCAUUGUUGCAGAGUUGAAUGAAAUAAAAAUUGUUCUGUAAGAAAUAUAAUUAA